CUUGAUCAUACAUAAAUUCUACCAUUCACGUAUCGCAUACUUGCAUCAGUUCGCUAUCACAUUCGCUUGUCUACUUUCGUUUAAUCAACACUCGCUUUUCAUGAAACUUGUUUCUAAUGCGUCUGCAAAAGAAACGUCCAGUCGCUGAUCUUGAGAGCCAAGAUGAUGAUGCAUUGGCGCUACCAAGAUUCUCUUUCGAAAGUGAUUCGCAAAGACGACUUAUCUCCACUGAGCGCCUCUUCGAGGAGUUUUCGUACGAUGAUACAGGUUAUGAUCCCGGAUUUCGUUCAAUUGACAGUGACGAUGGGGAAACCGAAAGCAUUGAGGUGACAUGGGACGGCGAAAACGACGCUGAAAACCCAUUGAACUGGUCCUGGCAGCGGAAGUGGACCGCUACUAUUCUCGUUUCCUUAUUUACAUUCAUCUCACCUUUCUCUUCAACAAUGGUAACCCCAGCGCUUGGAGACAUUUGCGAUGAAUUCGAUAUCCCAAAGGGGUUCAUGCAGCAACUCGUAAUGUCUAUUUUCCUGCUUGGGUACGCGCAAGGUCCAUUCGUCCUCGCGCCAUUAUCUGAACUCUUUGGACGUGUGACUGUGCUGCAGUACGCGAACUUGAUAUAUCUGGUAUUCAAUACGAUGUGCGGGUUUGCGAAGACUCGCAACCAGAUGCUUGUCUUUCGUUUGUUAAGUGGCAUUGGUGGAAGUGCUCCUCAAGCAAUCUGCAACGGGGUCUUAGCUGACACAUGGAGCAAAGAGGAGCGCGGAAAAGGACAAGCCAUCUAUGGCAUGUUGACCUUCAUCGGACCCUGUGUCGCCCCAAUAUGCGGUGCCUACAUUUCUCAAGGCACCACAUGGCGCUGGAUUUUCUGGUCGACAUCAAUCUUCGACGUCGUGGUCCAACUCCUCGCUCUAUUCUUUCUCUCCGAGACCUUUGCUCCUACCAUCCUCGCACGUAAAGCGAAGAGGAUACAGAAGAGUACCGGUCGUCGAACCCGUACCGUAUACGAUACUGAGGAGAGAUUCAGCAAGAUUUUGCGAAAGCGAUUGAUCUUGCCUUUCAUCAUGAUGUUUACUCAUCCUGCUGUACAAGCUCCGAGCAUAUAUCGUGCUUACCUUUACGGUGUCAUGUAUCUUGUUCUAUCGACCUUUCCGCUAGUGUGGGAAGGUGUCUAUGAUCAGAACACAGGGCCUGCAAGCUUGAACUAUCUUUCGUUAUGCAUUGGCUUUUUGAUCGGUUUGCAACUCAGUCAUCCACUCAUGGACAAGUUAUAUGCUUGGUUCAAAACCUACUACCACACAGAAGAAGGCCUACCAGAAUGGCGAGUCCCACCAAUGCUCAUCGGCGGCAUCCUCUGUCCCACGGGACUGUUCCUCUACGGAUGGGGAGCGCACUACCACCUCCACUUCAUCGUCCCCAACAUUGGCUGCGUGAUUCUCGCUAUCGGUCUAAUCAUUGCCUUCCAGUGCUCGCAGGCUUACACUGUAGACGCCUACUCCGCGAAGUACGCAGCCUCCGCAGCUGCCGUUGGCGCAUUCUUGCGCACCAUGUGCGGAUUCAGUUUCCCGUUGUUUGCGCCGCAGAUGUAUGAUAAACUUGGUGUUGGUUGGGGGAAUUCAUUGCUGGCUUUUCUCACGCUUGCGUUGGCGUUGGUGAGUCCGGUCAUGCUUUGGGUUUAUGGUGCGAGAAUUCGGGCGAUGAGUACAAGGGGUUUGGAUCCAUAGAGGGGGAUUAGUUUUGCUUUUGAAACGAUGUUGAUGUUGGAAAUGCGACAUGAAUGCAGCUUGCAUUGAUCGAUUGGGUUAUCUUGUUCUAGAGCGCAAGGUCUAAGAACGCAUCUUGCAUGUAAUUAUGACGAGAAAUUGUACAGUAUAGACUUCAUUUAAUGAAUCGGACAAAUGUUCCAACGAGACACUUUACUUACUACACGCUAAUGCUAGGGAACCUGUUCGCUGGAUCAGCGCACGUAACGGUUGCACCCGUUGAGAAACACACCGAAUGACUGGCCGAACGGUACGCCUUGGAUAUAAUUGCUGGCCUUGUGAUCAUGCGC